UGACCCGACUGGGUCCAACAUCGGGACUUUCUCUGUUAGACAACUUAGACUUAACGACCCCGCAGAGUAUUCGGUCUGCAGCCACUGUCGGAGGGCAACACUAUGGAUUACAGUCCCACACACACACGCAUGCACACAGCACUAUGGAAGAUCACAGUCACAGAGCUCUUUGUGUCUCAGAGUGAUACCGGACAGUUACUAGCUGGAUCGUAGCCAGGAGUUAGACACUCUUUUGGUGGAGUCUGGAGUUGUUUAUAUGCCCCCACACCGCGCCCCUUCCUCCACCCUCUGUUUUCCUCCUCGGUCUGUUUUCAAUGAGGACUUCUGGUAAAAUGGAAAAGUGCCAGUGGAGGUCACCGUUUACUGAUCAGGAAAUGGGGGAAAUCACGCACCCCCACUUCCAUGUACCAUGUCCGUUGGAGAAUAUUAUGGUACAUAAACAAGAGGAUGUUUCAUUGGAAAUGUGUGUGAGCCUAACCCGCAAGCCAUGUCUCUGAUUGGAGAUGGCCCAAUGGGAACAUCUGUGCUUGAUGAGGUAUGCAAUUCAAAGGCCAUUUGAAGGUGAUUUACUGUACUGUGAUUUACUACAAUUUACUGAAAACUAUGCAUAUGUUGCAGAUGGGUUUCUACUAGUUUUAGGGAUCUUGGCACCCAGAACCAAAGCUUGCGUGCACGUUGUACAGCUCCUUAAGAGACCACCAUUUAAGUGGAAAAUGCCUUGUAUUUUAUAUCCAUCCCCAACAAACUAUCACUGUGUUCUUUUAUUAAACCAGGGCCAGUCUGUAGGCGUUGUACAAUGGGGUUGUUGAAGUAUGUUUACUCCAGUGGCAAGGCGUGUUUGUACACCGUGCUAUUGUUUCACAACAUGUGCUGUUCUCUUUUCUCUGUGUGCUGGGUAGAAAGUAAUUGGGCUAAAAGUGUUUUUCAGGCAGGGCCAGGGCCUUGCUGCAGGUGCAUGGUUAGACCCGGAGGAGGGGGAGGCAUUUGAACGGGACACAAACAGGAAACGGUGUGUUCUCUGCAGGCUUGUUGUGGGACACUCUGGACUCACUGCCUGUGUCUGAAACUGGACUUUAAAUGGUACCAUUUCAGAUAUACCCAUGGCCCUCACUAUAGUUAAUCCUCAGUCUGAGAAGUUCAGUGAGCCAGUCCGCCAAGUUAACCAUUCUGUUUACUGAAGUGUGUGUGUGUGCGCGCGCACGUGUGUGAUGAUUUGGAUUCAUUCUAUUAUUAUAGUGUCAUGCAUCUUCAAGGAUGCACAUCACACAUGGGCUUAUUAUAAGGGCACAAGGCGAGACCCAAAUGCAGACACAGGAGGCAGAUGGUUGAGCUCCAAUAUUUAUUAUACCAGAAGGGGUAGGCAAAAAGGCAGGUCGGGGGCAGGCGAGAGUUCAUAAACCAGGCCCGAGUCCAAGCAGUACCAAGGGAUAGGCAGGCUCGAAGUCAGAACAGGCAGAGUGGUUAGGCAGGUCGAUUCGGCGUCAGGGCAGGCAAGGGUCAAAACCAGGAGGGAUAGGAAAAAACAGAGACUGGGGAAAAUAGGAGCUAGGAGAAAACGCUGGUUGACUUGGCAAAACAAGACUCACUGGCACAGGGAGACAGGAAACACAGGGAUAAAUACGCCAGGGACUAAUGGGGAUAACAGGAGACACCUGGAGGUGGGUGGAGACAAUCACAAAGACAGGUGAAACAGAUCAUGGAGUGACACGUAUCAUAAUAACAGGAGACACCUGGAGGUGGGUGGAGACAAUCACAAAGACAGGUGAAACAGAUCAUGGAGUGACACGUAUCAUAAUAACAGGAGACACCUGGAGGUGGGUGGAGACAAUCACAAAGACAGGUGAAACAGAUCAUGGAGUGACACGUAUCAUAAUAACAGGAGACACCUGGAGGUGGGUGGAGACAAUCACAAAGACAGGUGAAACAGAUCAUGGAGUGACACGUAUCAUAAUAACAGGAGACACCUGGAGGUGGGUGGAGACAAUCACAAAGACAGGUGAAACAGAUCAUGGAGUGACACGUAUCAUAAUAACAGGAGACACCUGGAGGUGGGUGGAGACAAUCACAAAGACAGGUGAAACAGAUCAUGGAGUGACACGUAUCAUAAUAACAGGAGACACCUGGAGGUGGGUGGAGACAAUCACAAAGACAGGUGAAACAGAUCAUGGAGUGACACGUAUCAUAAUAACAGGAGACACCUGGAGGUGGGUGGAGACAAUCACAAAGACAGGUGAAAUAGAUCAUGGAGUGACACGUAUCAUAAUAACAGGAGACACCUGGAGGUGGGUGGAGACAAUCACAAAGACAGGUGAAACAGAUCAUGGAGUGACACGUAUCAUAAUAACAGGAGACACCUGGAGGUGGGUGGAGACAAUCACAAAGACAGGUGAAACAGAUCAUGGAGUGACACGUAUCAUAAUAACAGGAGACACCUGGAGGUGGGUGGAGACAAUCACAAAGACAGGUGAAACAGAUCAUGGAGUGACACGUAUCAUAAUAACAGGAGACACCUGGAGGUGGGUGGAGACAAUCACAAAGACAGGUGAAACAGAUCAUGGAGUGACACGUAUCAUAAUAACAGGAGACACCUGGAGGUGGGUGGAGACAAUCACAAAGACAGGUGAAACAGAUCAUGGAGUGACACGUAUCAUAAUAACAGGAGACACCUGGAGGUGGGUGGAGACAAUCACAAAGACAGGUGAAACAGAUCAUGGAGUGACACGUAUCAUAAUAACAGGAGACACCUGGAGGUGGGUGGAGACAAUCACAAAGACAGGUGAAACAGAUCAUGGAGUGACACGUAUCAUAAUAACAGGAGACACCUGGAGGUGGGUGGAGACAAUCACAAAGACAGGUGAAACAGAUCAUGGAGUGACACGUAUCAUAAUAACAGGAGACACCUGGAGGUGGGUGGAGACAAUCACAAAGACAGGUGAAACAGAUCAUGGAGUGACACGUAUCAUAAUAACAGGAGACACCUGGAGGUGGGUGGAGACAAUCACAAAGACAGGUGAAACAGAUCAUGGAGUGACACGUAUCAUAAUAACAGGAGACACCUGGAGGUGGGUGGAGACAAUCACAAAGACAGGUGAAACAGAUCAUGGAGUGACACGUAUCAUAAUAACAGGAGACACCUGGAGGUGGGUGGAGACAAUCACAAAGACAGGUGAAACAGAUCAUCAGACACGUAUCAUAAUAACAGGAGACACCUGGAGGUGGGUGGAGACAAUCACAAAGACAGGUGAAACAGAUCAUGGAGUGACACGUAUCAUAAUAACAGGAGACACCUGGAGGUGGGUGGAGACAAUCACAAAGACAGGUGAAACAGAUCAUCAGACACGUAUCAUAAUAACAGGAGACACCUGGAGGUGGGUGGAGACAAUCACAAAGACAGGUGAAACAGAUCAUGGAGUGACACGUAUCAUAAUAACAGGAGACACCUGGAGGUGGGUGGAGACAAUCACAAAGACAGGUGAAACAGAUCAUCAGACACGUAUCAUAAUAACAGGAGACACCUGGAGGUGGGUGGAGACAAUCACAAAGACAGGUGAAACAGAUCAUCAGACACGUAUCAUAAUAACAGGAGACACCUGGAGGUGGGUGGAGACAAUCACAAAGACAGGUGAAACAGAUCAUGGAUCAUAAUAACAGUCUAUUAUAUGUCUUUUCUGUAGCAAAACAAACCAGUGGAUGUAUGCACACAUUCACUUCCAGAAAUACAAUCAUGCAAAACUAAAAAAACAAACAUUGAAAAACAAAACAAGAACCUGCACUUUCAGCUAUAUGGCUUAUCUUGUCAAACUUCCAAGUUCUAGAAAUAAAGGAACACUUGUUUUAUGAAAAGCCAUUCAAGUUUCUCUUUGUCGCUUAUCCAGAAUAAUUCUGCUGUUGCAUUUGAUCAAACAAAGCUAAUCAUCAUGUAAAGAACAGUAAAAUAAAAACAGCAAUUUAUUCUCGACCUCCCCCAAAUCAAAGACUGGACAUAGCCGCUCCUCUUCAUCUAUGGCAUUCAACCUCCUCAGAGGCAGUAUCCCGUUCUCAACUGGACACACAAGGAUUUCUGGUUUCUGGUUAGGUGAGAGGUGACAUACAGUUGAAGUCGGAAGUUUACAUACACCUUAGCCAAAAUCCAUUUAAACUAAAUUUCACAAUUUCUGAUAUUUAAUCCUAGUAAAUAUUCUCUGUUUUAGGUCAGUUAGGAUCACCACUUUAUUUUAAGAAUGUGAAAGGUCAGUAUAACAG